GUAUUCCUGCUGCGACGAAACAUAUGUUUCGCACAAGGUAUUAUUUAGGCAAAACAAUCAGUGACAAGUUAAUAAAUUUAUAGAAAAAUAUAGUGCGUCGUGCUACAAAUUCGUUUCCCUAUAAAACUCGCAUCCAGUUUUUAGUUGCCUACAUCUCAUCUGCGAAGGGGCGUGAAAGUUUAUUCUAGCAUCUGGCGCAUUUUAAUUGACUUCUUGCGGCUACCGUGACAAAAAUUGAGAAUUUUUGCGUACUUAAAUCUGGAAAGUGAUAUUUCUCAAUAUGAAGAUGGCAACGUAUGCAGGAAUGAGUCUGAGGGGAGAAGUAAGGGAAAGUGUUUCCUUGGACGAGGACGAUUUAAGCGACGUGGAAGACGAAGUUUUCAUAAGAGACGGAAAAAACGGUUAUAAGUUGGCGGAAGAGAUGAAUGUGAAAAGGCCGCUUAUGGCGCCCAGAAGAAAAGCCCUGAAAUCGGAUGCCGGAUCAAGAUUAAAACAGAAACACAAUUGUAGGGUAUUCUGGAAGCCUUGCUGUUAUGUUUUUGCUGCCCUUAGUGUAUUAAUUGGGCUUAUAGCUUUAGUGGUAGUUUUGGUGUCACUAUAUCCGUUACCACUCGACAAAUUAAGAGACUGGGUGAUAUCCACCGCGAAAAUCGAGAAAACUCCUAAGCUUUUGCCCUGCAGCAAUUUGAAAAUCACCGAUGUUUGGACCGUUAAUCUACCGACGCUAAUCACCGACUCGCCUGUCAGAAGUUUGGAUGUGAACGGCGAUGGAAUUGAUGACAUUCUAUUUGGUUUCGGAACAGCAGGUAAUCAUGACGUGUUGCCGCCAGAUAUAUUUUGCCUUAUAUUCAUGGGGGUUCCGCCACCGUGUCAGGGAGGGGUGAUGGCUUUGAAUGGAACAGAUGGAGAGAUGUUGUGGAAACUUUGGAUCAACGAUACGAUAUUUAGCCUGCAGUGCUCAGCAGAUUUGAACGGAGAUAACGUGAUGGACUGCUUAGCUAUUGGCGAAUAUGGGACAAUCCUGACCAUCGAUUCAAAAACUGGUUCGACUAUAUGGCAGCUAAAUACCAGAAAACUGGACAUUUUUGUAGGCAAUUUUAUUGCGGAUUGCAAUGGCGAUAACAUUUCAGACGUCAUAACAUCACACUCUUCAUUGGAAGGCUCCAAUGACGGUCAUAUCGAAAUUCUUUCUGGUAAAAAUGGAGCACCGAUUGUUCUUACCGCUCUGCCUAACAGAAGCCAAUCUUAUUUCAUGCCGGAAGUGCUACAGCGUGACGAAAAUGUCACUUAUAUAUUGUACGGUACUGGAAGUCCGAACUGGCCUGGAAACUUAAGCGCAGUUCCAUUACAGGACUUCAUAGCGGGAAAUUUGUUAAACAAAUCGAACGUGAUUUACGAAGAUAAACACAAAGGGAUGGUAACCCAACCAGUACUGGUAGAUAUAACUGGCGAUGGCGUUUCGGAUAUAGUCGCUUCUAUGUAUAACUCGACAGUGGUCGCAAUCGACGGGCGAACUUUUCAACAAAUCUGGAACUAUUCCCUGGGGAACGCCGUAACGAACGUUAGCCCUACGCCCGGCUACUUUAAUUUCGACAACGUCACCGAUUUUUUGGUGAUUUACCAGCAAUACGACAAUAUUUUGAACUACAAUUAUACGCAGGCUUUCAUAAUCGACGGCAAAACCGGACAACCGAUUUACAACCCAGUGAGUGGAGGCGUCGUCACCCAAAUGGGCGGGUUGACAUUGAGAAUGGAGUCAUAUGGUUACGACCUAUUUCUUUUCUGGACGAGCGAGUGUUCCAGAAGCGAGCCAUUGAAAAAAUACGCAUUUUCGACGAUUCCAACCGCAAUGUACGACGAAUGCAAAAAACAGUUUAAUUCGACGACUAUUCACAAACUUAAUGCUCUCGACGAAUUUCACCAGCCACCAGGAGUGACGAUUUACAGUUCCCUUGGUCGAGAGACACUGGAAUACAACGUCAAACCCGUGAUGUAUAAUAUAAGGAAGUAUUACAAAAACCGAGCCAAAUUAAGAUUUCCGAAUGAUAACGUCGGCCAAUCGGAAAUACCGAAGGUCUACAGCGGAGAUCCAGUUCCGAUCGGGAUUAGAAAAUACGGAAAAUCGAGUUUCCGACACAAAGACAGGCCCGGCGGGAUAAUAAAAGAUUACGCCUCAAACGGUGAAAGCGACACCGACGUCGACAGCUUUUUGGAUCCCUUAAACGAGCACGAGGAUCCUACAGCCGGAAAUUCUCCCGAUUUCUGGCAGAACCAAAUAAUGGGGCAAGAUCUACAGUCGGAAUUCAAAAAUUACGACGACACCAUUCCGUAUAACCAAAACCAAAUGAUAUUCGACGACGCCGGUCAGCAACAGACCAACGUCAGAGAUCCCAGAGACAAGGAUGCGAAGAAGUCGAAGAAGAAGAACCUGUCCGACAAAAUUUAUGGCUACCACAAUCUCCGAUUAUCGAAAAAUCGUCUUUUGCGAGACGACGAGAGUUUACCCACCGAUAUCAUACGCGAGACGUACUUCAAAAAUGAAGAAAACAGGUUAAAGAAAUCGCGCUUCGAACAGAGAGAUGUCAACUUGCACGCGGACAGAUCCAAAGACGACGAGGAAAUCAAGAGGAUUCUGGAGGAGGAAAAGAGGGCGGUGCUCAACGGGUCGCUCACUCUGUGGGAUUUGGAGACGGAGAAAGAAAUACAAGAGAAACGGAACGGGUUUUACAAGCGAGAGAAGAGAGGCUACGAUGCAUUGGUGUUUGAUUCUGUCGUCAAGAUUACAUCAGUUGGUACGGUGCUAAGCUCGUUGAACAACUCGAACGCUUCAAACUCCAUCGACGUAGUCUUUAUUAAAUACUGGCAGUCUGACGGGAAACCCAUAGAAAAUCUUCUAAACGAGGACAUUGAACAGUGUGUGAGCGAACGCACAAACAAAUCGUCAUCGAACGCGCUAGAUCAAAAAAAAAUAUGUCUGGAGGAGCAAACAACACUGAAGGAUUCGUUCAAGUAUUGGAACGAGUUGAGUCGGUUAAAAGUGAGCCAGAUGACCGUGUACAGGCUGAGGAUCGAGUGCGAAUGCGAAUCGGUAAAAGCAAACCAGUUCGAAAGGUGCGUCAGGUUUUUGCCUGGCAAUCGACAGAAUUGGUCGUCGUAUUUGGGGAAGUUUGGCAACGCCAUUUUCAUAAAUAAAGCAAAGCCAUUAGGAAGAACAUGAGUGUAAAUAUUGCUGUACAAUGGAGGUUUGUGGUAUUUAUUUUUUAGGUAACGAAGAUGGGUUUUGAAAUGAAUCAGUUAUAUUCACUCACUGCUGGCAGCAAGUUAGACUUUUAAGGAAACUGAGUGGAAAAUUUAAAAAGUGUUUUUUUUACACAUGGUGUGUUCUCACAUUCAAUAUCAAACAAGUAUACAGUAUUCGAUAUUUUAAACUUAUUUCAGUUUUAUGAAACAUCGGUAUGCAUUGUCAAAAAAUUCAAAUUUUUCCAGAGCUUCUAUAACAAAAUUUGUAAAUGCAUAAAAGUUAACAUGUCCCGGACACUUUAAUUGAAAAAGAUCGAAGAACUAUUAGAUGACAGCACAGAUAUUCUAUGCGAACAGCGUGGUUUGGUUUAAAAUCAAACAAAAGAACGCAGUUUAUUCUAUCGCACAUUAUUAUUUGCCUGGAAAUUUCUUCUUACAACCGCGAGAAUAAUUCUAUAAACUACUAUGAUGGUAAAAGCCGAAAUUUUGGAUAUAGUUUACGAAACUCGCAAACAACAUUUGCCAUUAUACAGUGGAGACAAAAAUAAUAAUGUAAACAAUAAAAUACAAUCUACCUAUUUAGUCAUAUACAUAACACAUCAUUUAAAUGAGCUUUCUCCAUUUUUGUAUCAAGUUUUUAUUUCGGAAUUUAGGUAUAUGAAUAUGGAGAAGAGUUUUUAAUUUUAUUUGAAAAUAGUCUACAAAUUCUAAAAAACCGCUAAAUAAAUUAUAUAAAAUAGCGGGGAAGAUACAAUAAUUUCCUUUGAAAUAUCAGCUUUUUCGUAGGAGCGGCAACGUUGCAUCUCUAAAAAUGAUUUAGAUACAUACAUCGCUGGCGCUUAGGUAAAUCAUCAAAUGUUACCUUACCUUAUUUUU